AAUAGGCAAAUAUCAAAGAGUCGUUCGUCUUCUUCUCUCCAUCAUUGUUUCUUUCUUUGCCCAUUCUCCUUCUACUUUUGUGCUCUGCUUCACUUUUUUUAUUCCUUCCUCUCUCUUCACGAUUCACGACAACCACCACCACAAUGCCGGGAGUUGCUUUUUCAUCUGUUGCUUCCUCCUCCUCCGAUCUGGGAAUCUUCUUCUCCGAGGUCACGGCCUACUCCCGUCGUAUCUCAGCCUCGCUCUCAUCUUCAUCCUCUUCCUUUCGGUGUUGCAUCCUCCCAUUGAAAUUAAAUAUCAGAUCGCUACGCUCCCGUAAGCUACCUCCUAUUUGUUGCGAUUCGAGUUCUACCUCCCGAUCCGGCCUAGGGGAUCCCGAUCUUGAGUUUCUCCAAGCCUCCGUCCUCGUUGCAGAGACAAGUAUGCAUUACAAAAUGAGGAGACAUGGAUUCCGGGAAGAUUCCAUUUGGCAAGCUUCAAGGCAUCUCCCUCCUUUUGCUGUGCGAGCCAGUGAAUCCAGGGUUGGUGUUCUCCCUAUUGGUCUUGGCUUCCUCCGCCAAUUCACCCACCCCACUAUUUUUCUCAAGAUCUCUUGUGAUGGCGACUACUUGCUUCCCCUUAUUGUUGCUGAUUCUGCUGUUGAGAAACUAUUAGACGUACCUCCUCUCCAAGGCCCCAUUGAGGAAUGCCCUGAUCAGUUCCACUUUGUGUCUUCUCUUGUCGACAAACUUGGUCAUGAGGUUAAAAUGGUGAAGCUUACAAGUAGAGUAUUCAACACUUAUUAUGCAAGCCUAUAUCUCGGCAAGCCAGGAGACAAUGAUGUUAUAUGCAUUGACUCACGGCCAUCUGAUGCCAUCAACGUUGCAAGAGCAUGCCAGGCUCCGAUAUAUGUGAAUAAAUCAAUAGUCCUGGAAGAUGCUAUCAAGAUUGGUUAUGGAGGCAGACCGCAGAGCACAAAGCCCAUUUUCAAUGUUAUCCUUGACAGCGCUCCAGAGGGACCAGAUCCCAUAUCGGAGGAGCUUAAACUACUGAGUAAUAUGGAUUUGGCGUCUAAAGAGGAAAGGUACACCGACGCAGCGAUGUGGAGAGACAGAUUGAAGAAGCUUCAGAACUCGAGCUCUGUUGUAUACGAGGGUGUAGCAACUCCUGAGAGCUACGACUAGAGAAAGAAUAGGAGGAAAUGGAUGUAGAUAAAGGCUUGGGUCAAGAGAAUGCAGGUGUGAUGAAAAGGGUAUGGUGAGGACUCAGGAGAAAUAUAAGAUGCGCUUAGAUUGAUAGGGUAUCCCUAUCGCAUGUAGUAAGUUUAGAGGAAGGGCGUUGAUUGUCGGUAUUAUGAAGAAACUAAAAGUAGACCAAAGAUGAAAUGAAUAUCCGAGGGAAAGUGUAAAAAAAAUGUAAAUAGAAGAAUGACGAUGAAUACAUUUUUCUUUUUCUUUUUGGUGUACGUGAGUUUCUACUUUGAAUGAAUUGGUAAAUAAGAUGUUUUAAGAGGGAAAGAAGA